AUGGCUACUUCCGAGGCCAUCCUCCAGGGCGUCAACGUCUCUGGCACCAUCCAAGACGCCCAGCGCAAGAUUCUCACUCCUGAGGCGCUGACCUUCCUCGCGUUGCUGCACCGCUCCUUCAACCCUACUCGCAAGGCCCUGCUCGAGCGCCGUAAGAUUCGUCAGGCCGAGAUCGACCGAGGUAGUCUGCCGGACUUCCUUCCCGAGACCAAGCACAUCCGCGAGAACCCGACAUGGAAGGGUGCGCCCCCGGCUCCCGGCCUCGUCGACCGUCGCGUUGAGAUCACGGGCCCCACCGACCGCAAGAUGGUCGUCAACGCUCUCAAUGCCGACGUCUUCACCUACAUGGCCGACUUUGAGGACUCCUCCGCCCCCACCUGGGACGCCAUGGUCAACGGCCAGGUCAACCUCUACGACGCCAACCGCCGCCAGGUCGACUUCAAGCAAGGACCCAAGGAGUACAAGCUCCGCACCGACCGCACCCUGCCUACCCUCAUCGUUCGCCCUCGUGGCUGGCAUCUCGAGGAGAAGCACGUCUCCGUGGACGGCGAGCCCAUGUCCGCCUCUCUCUUUGACUUUGGUCUCUACUUCUUCCACAAUGCCCGUCAGACUCUCGACAUUGGCAUUGGCCCCUACUUCUACCUCCCCAAGAUGGAGUCCCACCUCGAGGCUCGCCUCUGGAACGAUGCCUUCAACCUUGCCCAGGACUACCUCCACAUCCCCCGCGGCACCGUCCGGGCCACCGUCCUCAUCGAGACCAUCCUCGCCGCGUUUGAGAUGGACGAGAUCAUCUAUGAGCUGCGCGAUCACUCUGCCGGCCUCAACUGCGGUCGUUGGGACUAUAUCUUCAGCGUCAUCAAGAAGUUCCGCUCCAACCCCAACUUUGUCCUGCCCGAUCGCAGUGCCGUCACCAUGACCAGUCCCUUCAUGGAUGCUUAUGUCAAGCUCCUCAUCCAGACCUGCCACCGCCGUGGCGUCCACGCCAUGGGCGGCAUGGCUGCCCAGAUCCCUAUCAAGGAUGACAAGGCUGCUAACGACCGCGCCAUGGACGGUGUCCGCGCCGACAAGCUCCGUGAGGUUCGUGCUGGCCACGAUGGCACAUGGGUUGCUCACCCUGCCCUGGCUUCCAUCGCCGUCGAUGUCUUCAACAAGCACAUGCCCACUCCCAACCAGCUCUUUGUUCGCCGCGAGGACGUCCGCGUGGGUGCCCAGGACCUCCUCAACAUGAAUGUCCCAGGUCGCAUCACCGCCGACGGUAUCCGCAAGAACCUGCUGAUUGGUCUUGGUUACAUGGAGGCGUGGCUCCGUGGUGUCGGCUGCGUGCCCAUCAACUUCCUUAUGGAGGACGCCGCCACCGCCGAGGUGUCCCGCAGCCAGCUCUGGCAGUGGGUGCGCCAUGGCGUCAAGACGGAUGAUGGCACCACUGUCGACAAGGGUUACGCGCUGAAGGUCCUGCGUGAGUGCACCACGGAACUGGCUGGCAAGGCGCCCAAGGGUCACAAGUACCAGCUUGCUGCGCAAUACUUUGCAGGUCAAGUGACGGGCGAAGACUAUGCCGACUUUUUGACGACGCUUUUGUACGAUGAAAUCACAGCUGUUGGCAGCGCGAGUCCCGCGUCCAAGUUGUAG